GCAGGAACAAACUUUUCCUUUUGCCUGCCGCUGCUAUUUCGGCAAUGGGGCAGUCACAAGGCGCCCGGCCUUCCCUGCUAAGUUUAAUCCUCCUUUACUCCUUCUUUUCCUCCUUCUCUUCUUCCUAAGUCGACCCCGCCCUGAAGCUAAAUAUAUACUCGCUUCUCUCGCUCUCCCAGGCUCCGGACCCUUCCCUUCGGCCGGCUCCCUGAGUUGACUUCUGGAGCUCGCCGAAAGUAGCGGGGACGAGAUUUCCGAUCUAUGGGGUCGCCCUGAAAAAGCGAGCCCUCCUUUGCUCACGACCCCUGUCUCUUUGCUCUGCGUAGCCUCCGCACCUGUGGAAUGUACUGCAGAUUUCGGUCUCCAACCAGCAAACGGGAUGGCGCGGCGGACUGGGGACAAGGCUUCGCCUUCCCAGACUGGGCCUACAAGCCCGAGUCAAGUCCUGGCUCGCGGCAAAUCCAGCUGUGGCAUUUUAUCCUGGAGCUGCUACGGAAAGAGGAAUACCAUGAUGUCAUUGCCUGGCAGGGGGACUACGGGGAGUUUGUCAUCAAGGAUCCAGACGAGGUGGCCCGGCUGUGGGGGGUGCGGAAAUGCAAGCCUCAAAUGAACUAUGACAAGCUGAGCAGGGCCCUGAGGUACUACUACAACAAGCGGAUCCUACACAAGACCAAGGGCAAACGCUUCACCUACAAGUUCAACUUUAACAAGCUGGUCCUGGUCAACUACCCCUUCAUUGACAUGGGUAUGGCAGGUGGGGCAGUGCCCCAGAGCGCCCCGCCGGUGCCCUCCGGGGGCUCCCACUUCCGCUUCCCGCCCUCGACGCCAUCAGACAUCCUGUCGCCGGCCGAGGAGCUGCGUUCGCCCGGCGUCUUCUCGGCCGUGGCCCGCCGCCUGGCCCGCGGCUCGGUCAGCGACUGCAGCGACGGGACCUCGGCCAACUCGGAGGUGGAGGAGUCCUUGGCCGAGGAGCAGCGGCGCGGCGGGGGGGAGGUGGGCGGCUUCCGCGGCCCCCCGGUGCCCAGCCACCCCCGCCUGGCCCACGACAGCCUCUUCAGGGUCUACCCGCGCCCCCGGGUCCCGGAGCCUCUCAGCCCCUUCCCCGUGUCCCCCAUGGCUGGGCCCGCAGCCCUUCUGCCCCCCCAGCUGUCGCCCGCCCUCCCGCUCACCCCCACCCACGUGAACUACACGCCCUCGCCCACCCUCAGCCCCAUGUACCCGGGCGGCUCCCACUUCUCCUUCAACCCCGAGGACAUGAAGCGCUACCUCCAGGCCCACACCCAGAGCGUCUACAACUACCACCUCAGCCCCAGGGCCUUCCUGCACUACCCCAACAUCGUCAUCCCGCAGCCCCAGCGCCUGGAGAAGCCCCCCCCCCCCCCCCCGCCCCCACAGGCCGAGGAGCCCCCCGCCCCAUUCAAGUUCAAGCUGCAGCCCCCGCCCCUGGGGCGUCGCAACCGAGACAAGCAGCAGCCCCCGCCCGUGCCCCCCGGAGAGCCCAGCGGCGGCCUGCCCUCCUCUUCCGCCGCCGCGGCAGCCGCGGAGCCCCCGCUGCCCCAGAUCAAGGUGGAGCCCAUCUCGGAGGGCGAGUCGGAGGAGGACCUCACCGUGGAGGUCACAGACAUCAGCGAGGACGACGAGGAGGUCUUCAAGGCCCCCCCUGUGCCCCUCGGGAAGGCCGAGGAGGAGGAGACGCGGGCCGUGGCGCCCCCCGCGCCGCGGGCUGGGGAGAGCGGCCAGUGCAUCCCGCUCAAGCUGCGGUUCAAACGCCGCUGGAGCGAGGAUCAGCGGCUGGAAGCGGGCCUGGGGGCCGAAGAGACGGACGACAAGAAGGUGAAAGGGGAGGACCCCGCCAGCAGCCCCGCGGAGGGCGUAGGGGGCCGGCGGAUCAGCACUGAGCUCCAGCGGGCCACUGCCGAGCUGACCCUUGAGAACCGGGACUCCUAAAGCUGGGGGGUGCAGCCCCCUCCCUCCCUGGGACGGACGGACGGGAGCAGAGGGGACUGGUUUUACUGCCUUAACUCAGAGUUUAUCUUUGUACCUUUUGUCAGUUUUCCUCCCCUCCUCUUCCCUGUUUCUCCCCAAACUCUGUAAAUUUUAUUAUUAUUUCUUUUCUGGAAGCCAGAAAAAUUUAGGGGUGCGGAAAAUAUUGAACAGUUUUUACUUGUCUAUAUACAUAUAUAAAUAUAAAUAUAUAUAUAAACUCUUUGUGCGGGUGGGGGGAUUUCUAAACAUUGAUAAUGCCACGGCAAUUUGUACUUGUAAGGGUUCUUACCCUGUCCCCCACUAUUUCGGAAUCCUUUAAAGUAUAGAGCCCCAGGGCCUUUUUAAUUAAAAAAGAACAAACCCCACAGAAAUAAGGAGUACUUUUAAAAAUCAGUUCCACUCCUUUUUUUUUUUUUGCCUUUAUGGGGGAUUGUAGAGGUGGUCUCCGCCCGGUUUUGACAAACUUAAGCACAAUAUACUUUUCAGUCCCCCCGUGGAUUGAAAAGAGAAUUAGCCAUAUAUAUUCCCAUCCAUCUCACUUUCCCCUCCGAAUAGCACUAUAAGAAUGUUACGUCUCUGAGUGAGUGUGGAUGUGUGUGUGUGGGGGGACACUUAACACCCCCCUUCUGUUUUAAAGCCCACCCACUCUGUAAGCGGUGUCUUACCGUAUCGCCACCUCGUGUUGCUUCUCCCCCUACGGAUUGUAAGUGGAUGUCUUUGUGGAACCUUUGAUCAAGAGUGUGGCUGGAGAGGGUUUUUUCCUUCCAUCCCCUCCCUCUGCCCUCCAAAGAAGCCCCUUCAUAAUACAUUGCAUUAUGUAACCAAAAAAAGUGGGCCUGUCUGGGGUUGGGGGUCUGAAGGGUCCUAUAAGUGCCUGUUGAAGUACUGUUUCCAAGGGAACACGAGCAGGGAAUGGGCACUCCUUUCUCGCUCGCUCUUCACUACUGUUGUCCCAUGAAACCCAUCCUCUUCCUUGCCCCUCGCCCCCUCCCCAACGAAACAAAGGCACUGCUCCACCACCUCCCUGAAUCACUCCUCUUCGCUACCCAGAAAGGGAGCAUUCGGCGCUCCCCCACCUCCAUCUGAAGAAGGAAGGGGGGGGGGAAUAGCGGGCAAGGUGACGGUGCCUUUGCAAAUCAAAGCAGGAAUCCCUUCGCGACACAUCUGUGUACCUCCCGGUUGUGCCCCAGUUCAGGACAGGCGUAUCUGCCGUUUCAGCUGCUCUCCACUUGCGCAGGAAAUAAAUUUUCCAGUUCCCAGCAGGAGAGAGAGAGAGAGGUGUGUUUUUGUCAAACAAACACAAGCAAACAAGCGAGAUGCUGUUGGCUGGAUCCGAAGCUGCUGUCUGUGGAGUAAACAUGGAGCAGUGACCUGCUUGCGGGGUUUUUUUAUACAGCCUUAUUCAGAUUCUUUGUACAUAUCAAAGAAAUGGGGGUGUCUCAUUUUAAGAAUGUAAAAAAAACCAAUAAAGGGUUUUGAGAUUUCA